AUGUUUCUUUCUUUCUUUGUGUUUAUAUGUGCCUCCAUCUUCCUUUCUUUCUUCCUUUUCUUUCUUCCUUUCUUCCUUUUUUUCUUUCUUUCUGUCUUCCUUUAUUUCUUUCUUACUUUCUUAUACUCUGUUUAUACGUGGCACCAUGUUUCUUUCUUCGUGUUUUCUUUCUUCCUUCCUUUCUUUCUGUCUUUCUUUCUUUCUUAUGGUCUGUUUAUACGUGGCACCAUGUUUCUUUCCUUCCUUUGUGUUUAUACGUGCCUCCAUCUUUCUUUCUUACUUUCUUUCUUUCUUAUGCUCUGUUUAAACGUGGUCGCAUGUUUCUUUCUUUAUUUAUUUAUUUAUUUGACUCUGUUUAUACAUGGCACCAUGUUUCUUUCUUUGUGUUUAUACGUGGCUCCAUCUUUCUUUCAUUCGUUCUUUCUUUCUUUCUUUCUUUCUUUUUUCUUUGUUUUUUUUCUUUCUUUCUUUUUCUUUCUAUGUUUGUUUUUCUUUCUUUCUUUGUGUUUUUUCUUUCUUUUUUGUGUUUUUUGUUUGUUUGUGUUUUUUUUCUUUAACCCUUUGAACACGCUGUGUGAAAGUGCAUAUACAGUACUCAUCGGGCGUUCAUGUUUCAAAGGCUUAAUAUGCACGAGUAACCAUCAUUUCUCUUGUGGUGGGGGGGGUGAGAUUUCACUCUUAGUCGUCUAA